AUGUCUGCAUCUCAUGCAUCCACUUCUGGCACUCUGAAUGCUGGAAGUCAUUACCGACCCCUGAAGCUGAGCCUUGCAACUAUUUCCUGCACAUUGGCAAUGGCUGGAUCUCGCGUCCGUGCAUGCAUCUCUCAAUAUUGGACGGAAGCUGCCAACAAUGGUCUAUCUUCUGACCGGAUCAAGUAUUUUAAAGCUGGGCUGCAAUGGGAGAUGAAUACUUUUGUCACACCACUCCUGCAGUACUCCGCUUCACAGAAUAUCAUGUCGGUGGUUCUGGUCCCUGUCGCUUAUAUCCUUAAGUUGUAUCCCAUGCUAACCUGGAACACGGACAUCCGUCCCAGAUUGUGUUCGCAUAUACAUGUCCAUGGUGGAUGGGAAACACCACAAUCCCUGAUCAACCAUGGCAGCACAGUUGCCGAGCUCCAGGUCACCGAACCCCAACCUCCGAAAUUCAGGACUCGGGACCCGGGGUUCGGCACUCAGGACUCAGAGCUCGUGACCUGGGACUUGACACUGUUCUGA